AACGCUUCGUUAAGGAAUAACGAUCAAACGUCAUUCUCGUACCGCCAACGCCAAACUAACCUUGUCAUCGUUUUCCAUAAUUUAUAAAUUAUCUCUCUGGGUGGUUUUUGAAUACAACUGCAACGUAUACUAUUAACAAGUAAAUCAAAGAAGUAAGAAAUAUGAAAAGUAGAAAAAGUAAAGUGCACCAUCAACUGUUUGGACACUUGUUUGGAAAUUAUUAGAAAAUAAGUCAAGAAAUAAAUUUAUGCCACUAAGGAUAGUAUUAUACUGUCAAGCUCAGAAAAUCCUUAAAAAGAUUGCAUACAGAAAACAUACUUCAAUUAAGAUUAAGAAUUUUUGCAAGUUUUAAGAAUUAAUGCAAGUUUAUCCACAUCGUUAAGAAAUUAGUCAGAGUGUUUGUCUCCAUUGUAUGAAGUUCAGAAAAGCAACAGUAAAUGGAUCUCGACAUGUCGUCUCAUGUCCGCUCAAGACUGUACAAAAAGACAAGCACUCUAGACGAACCAUUCAAGACAAGUUAUCAUCUUUGAACGCGAUCAAGAAAUCUUAAAGGGUUGUUAUAACAUUGAUAAACAUUAUUUUUGAUAGUUUCAAUUCUAAAUAUUGAAACGAUGUCAUCUUUAUUAUCUGCAGAAAUAUCAGCCACAUGCAAUGCAUUGGGCUACUUCGAUGAAAAAACAAAUAAGUAUUAUGCAGACUCCAAUACACUUGAAACUGUCAAAGAUAUAAUUCGUUAUUUAAGACGUGAUGACGAAUUGCAUUCCAUUCGAAGGCAACUCGGCGAUACGAAAGUGUUAAUAACGGAUCUUUUGCCGUUAUUGAAACAUUAUCACGAAGAGAAUGAUUUAUUCGAUGUUUUGCUUCGUCUUAUUAUGAAUUUAACUACUCCCCCACUAUUGUUAUUCAAUUUUGAAAUACCUACAGAUAAAGUUGUUAGGAACUAUUACUUAGAAAUGGAAGACCAUUUGAAGUUUUACAAAGAAGCGUUUGUUGAUGAAGCAAUAUGGGCUGUUUUUAGUACACAUUUGAGUAAAGUUCUGGAAGUAGAUAAUUCAGAACGAGCUGAAGAAAACAGUGUGAAAAUAGAAAGAAUUUUGGUUUUAAUGAGAAAUGUUCUAUUCGUUUCUGAUGAUUCCAUAGAUAAAAGGCCUGACAACGACGCCAGUCUACAUGAUCAAGUUUUGUGGGCGCUUCAUCACUCUGGGCUAUUGGAUAUUAUCUUAUAUAUAACCACAAACCCUGCAGAACAGGGAUAUUUUGUCUAUAUAUUAGAAAUUUUGUUUUUCAUGUUAAGAAAUCAACAACCCAAUGAGCUGGCAAAUGCUGCUUUACAAAGGAGUCAAAGGGAAAAAAUCAGAGAUGAAGCAGAACUAGUAAAUAUAAGACACUCCGAAUUGAACAUUAAACACAAGAAAACAAAGAUUUACACUGGUACAAGACAUUCCAGGUUUGGUGGAACCUUUGUUGUACAAUCCAUGAAAAGUAUCAACGAUAAUAAUUUGUUGAUUUCUCAUAAACCCCUCAAUAAAUUAGAUUCUAUAAAUUUUGAUGCCGAUAAAAAAUUGCAAAAGACUGCUAGAAAUCGAACACCACUACUAAGCAACCAAGUAGACCGUAGGUCCGCAUUCACCAUUCGAUUAUUUUUGAAAGAAUUUUGUAUUGAAUUUUUAAAUGGAGCAUAUAAUAACGUAAUGCAGUAUAUCAAAGGUUUAAUAGCUAGACAUUCUGGAGACAAUCAAGAUGAGUCUUAUUAUUUAUGGGCCCUUGGUUUUUUUAUGUCUUUUAAUAGACAUUAUAAGUUUGAAGUAAAAUUAAUCAGUGAAACUUUAUCAGUGCAAACUUUUCAUUUCGUUCAACAACAGUGUGAAAAUUAUUUGGAUUUAAUGAAAACCGAUAAAAAAAAGGUUUUAAUCUGGUCAAAACGGCUACACACAGCGUUAUUAAGCUAUAAAGAAUUGUUGCUGACUCUUUUUGUGAUGGAUAAAUCAAAAGAUGAAGUUGUAACUCAGUCUUCCAAAGUAAUAAAAAGCAACAUUUUUUACUUACCAGAAUACAGAGAAUUCAUAAUAACAUUGUUAAUAAUGUAUGAUGAAUUACAAAUGACUGAUCUCUACUUGAAAGAUUUAAUGGAAACCCAACAUUUAUUUUUAAAAAUGUUUGAGGUGUAUUGCAAAACUGAAGGUACAAUUAUUGUGAAGAAAAAAUCUAAGUCGAAAAUGAAAAAUAAGACUGGAUAUAAAGUUAGAGUAAUAGAUUUGAACCUGGACGAUAUGUGGGAUGAAGCAAGUCCUCAAAUAUCCGCAAUUUUAGAAUCUGGGGGGGAAUUUUUAACGGAUGUUCCAUUUGAUGCAGCUUCCGAUGUACCACUGGAUCAACAAAAGAUCGUUGCCAUGGAAAAAAUUCAACACAAGCUAAGAAAUUCAGAAUAUGAAAGUGCUAUAGGAAUAAUGAGGGCCGCUAGAGAAGUGUGGCCUGAAAAUAAUUCAUUUGGGAAUGAUAAUUUGUCUUCUGAAGAAGAAUUUCUUUGUAUAAGAGAAAUUUUUUAUGCAGAUUUAGGAAAAAAUAAAGUGGAAAAUACAGAACCGAUCGAAGAAGAUGAGUAUGACGAAUACGAUGAUGAAGAAGUAGAUCAAGAUUACAGACAACAAGAAAUCAGUUUGGAUUUUAAAGAUUUUGUUAAGAGGUUGGUACAUCCAAAAAUUGUUAGAGUUUGUGCUCUGGCAUUAAAAAAUUUUGAUACAAACUCGAUAAAUACAAAUCAUUCUGUUUUGAAAUUAAUGCAUAGAAUUGCUUUUGACUGCAAAUAUUAUGUAAUGAUGUUCCAACUCAGUUUAUUUAGAACUUUUCAAAGGAUGUUCACUGUUAAAGACUUGCCGCAAUAUAACGAGCUUAUCAAAUUUGCUAGAUAUAUAUUGAGAAACUUUUUCAAAUUCGCACAAACCAAUCCAAAAGUUUUCAUAGAAAUUUUAUUUUGGACAUCCAGAAAAGAAGCAUUUGAAAUUGAACAUGGAGAUAUGCCCAACGAUAAAGUUACUGUCAAGAAAUGGUCGGAAGAAGAGGAAAAUGAAUUGCGUACAUUGUUUGAAGAGCACAAUAGUAAACAAAUUAAGGAAGAUAUCGUUGAUUGGAUCUUAAGUAAUCUUGUGAAACAAACUAGAACAAGACGAAUGGUAUUGGGAAAACUAAGAGAACUUGACUUAAUAGAUGAUUAUAAAAAAGGUAGAAUAUCGCGAUCCACCAAUUCUCAGUACUGGUCCGCAGAUGAGGAAAUUCGAUUAAGAGAAUUGUAUUCAGAGUUUAAAAAUUCUCCAGACUUACUUAAUAGCAUAAUGAAUGGAUUGAUCACUCCCAAACCAAAAAACAAGGUUAUUGAAAAAAUGUUAUCAUUACACUUAAUACAAGAUAAAAAUGAACUAACGAAAAAUAAACCAUUGAGAAAGAAAGGAAAAAAGAACACUGACUUUGAAUCUGAUACCAAUAGUUUAUCUAUUCCCACUAAACAUAGAAAUACUCCAAAUCAGAAAAAUUUGACAAUUGCUAUUGCUACUAAAAAUGAUAUAAUGGAGAUACUUCUGGAAAAUAUAAAUGCAGGCAAUAAGGAACCAGUUGAUUGGUUAAAUGAAAGUAUUUUUGAUGUUAUAGAAGAUUUUGAGGAAAAUCAUGGAGGAAUUCCAUUAGUACCGCUUUCGAAUAUGGUUGAGAAUGCUAUGGAAAAUGAUACUUUCCAAAAGCUGUUAUCAUCACUAGGAUUCGCAAAACCAGUCGAUGAACAAGAAACUUAUUGGCGAAUACCUGGUUAUAUCACUCUAGAUACUUUGAAAAUGUUUCAUGAUCUAAUAACAAAGGCAUUAGAAAAUAAUUUAACUUGUGAUGCAGGAACUAAAAUUGACAUAGACGUUUCUAAUACAGGUUUAAGUUUAAGUGAGAAUCAAACUGAGGUAUUGAACCACGACAGUGAUAAAGGCGAUCAAUUAAAAGAGCAAGCUACAAAAAGAAGUAGGUCAUCAUCUGCGGAGAUUGAAAGCCCUCCGAACAAACGACGUAAAAGUAAAAACGAGAACUGAAGAGAUAUGCAUGAAAGAUGUAGUAUUCCUUGUAUGAAUGAUAAUAGUAAAUUUAUUUUAAUUUUA